AUUUUCAACCUAUUAACAAUCACAUAUUUGAUUUUUUUUUUUUCCCAUCCAACACAAGAUAAGUAUCGUACCUCCCACCUCACACAAAUCACAAUUUCUCCAAUCUUUCACUACAACCCCCAAACAUUAUUUCCUCCAACAUAACCAUGGUCCCUAAACCCAUCAUAAUAACAAGUAAACAACCACCAACAACUUCUUCUAUCCCUCCAUUCAACAUCUCAUCCAUCAAAACCAAAGAAAAACCCCAAACAUCACAAUCACAGACACUAAAAACCACCACCACUACACCCCCCACAAAAACUCUUCCUACACCUCCCACCAUCACCACCACCCAUAACCUCAAAAAACCACAAACAUCGUCACUCCCAGCACUACUAUUCAACACAUUCGACGACAUCAUCAACACCUUCAUAGACCCACCAAUAAAACCAUCCGUAGAUCCAAGACAUGUUUUGUCCCAAAACUUUGCACCAGUCCUUGACGAACUCCCUCCAACACAAUGCAAAGUCAUUAAAGGCACACUUCCACCGUCACUUAACGGUGUUUACAUAAGAAACGGACCAAACCCACAGUUCCUUCCACGUGGACCCUACCACCUCUUCGACGGUGAUGGCAUGCUUCACGCCAUUACAAUCUCAAACGGAAAAGCUACACUCUGUAGCCGUUACGUUCAAACUUACAAAUACAAAAUCGAAAACGAAGCUGGUUACCAACUUAUCCCAAACGUGUUUUCUGGUUUCAACUCGCUUAUAGCUUCUGCUGCACGUGGCUCUGUCACCGCAGCACGUGUCAUAUCUGGACAAUACAAUCCUUCUAACGGCAUUGGUUUAGCCAACACAAGUUUGGCUCUGUUUGGUAACAAACUUUUUGCUUUAGGAGAAUCAGAUCUUCCUUAUGAAAUCAAUCUUACGCCAAACGGUGAUAUCCAAACAAUUGGCCGUUAUGAUUUUAACGGUAAACUCUCCAUGAGUAUGACUGCACAUCCGAAAAUUGACGGCGACACAGGUGAAACUUUUGCUUUCCGUUACGGUCCUAUGCCACCAUUUUUAACCUAUUUCCGUUUUGAUGCAAAUGGUGUUAAACAUAACGACGUUCCGGUUUUCUCCAUGACAAGACCUUCUUUUCUUCAUGAUUUCGCCAUUACUAAAAAAUACGCUGUGUUUACGGAUAUUCAGCUUGGAAUGAAUCCUCUUGACAUGAUUUCCGGUGGUUCUCCGGUAGGUUCCGAUCCUUCAAAGGUUUCAAGGAUCGGAAUUCUACCGAGAUAUGCUAGUGAUGAGUCGAAGAUGAAAUGGUUUGAUGUGCCAGGGUUUAAUAUUAUGCACGCGAUAAACUCAUGGGAUGGGGAAGAUGAUGAGGAAACUGUGACACUAAUUGCUCCAAAUGUUCUCUCCAUUGAGCAUACGAUGGAGAGACUUGAGCUAGUUCAUGCAAUGAUUGAGAAGGUAAAGAUAAAUAUUAAAACUGGGAUUGUAUCAAGACAACCAUUAUCGGCGCGAAACCUGGAUUUCGCGGUGAUAAAUGGUGAUUAUAUGGGGAAGAAGAAUAGGUUUGUUUAUGCGGCAAUUGGGAAUCCAAUGCCGAAGAUUUCUGGGGUGGUGAAGAUAGAUGUGUUGAAAGGGGAGGAAGUUGGGUGUAGGUUGUAUGGAGAGGGUUGUUAUGGUGGUGAGCCGUUUUUCGUGGCGAGGGAGGAUGGUGAAGAAGAGGAUGAUGGUUAUUUAGUGAGUUAUGUGCAUGAUGAGAAAAAGGGAGAGUCUAAGUUUUUGGUGAUGGAUGCUAAGUCGCCGGAGUUUGAGAUUGUGGCGGAAGUGAAGUUGCCAAGGAGGGUGCCUUAUGGUUUUCAUGGAUUGUUUGUGAAAGAGAGUGACAUCACCAAGUUGUCGGUGUCGUAGGGAUGAAGACAUAGUUCUUUUGUCUCUGUUCUAAGAUACAAUUAUUGUUGUUUAUACGGUAAACAAUUACGGAAAGAAUUGGGGUUAGAAAAAUUGUUGAUACUAUAAUUUUCCACCUAUAUACAUACAGUAAGGUAGAGUGUUGUAUAUUUAACCGUUUGGUUUGUAGUAUAAAUGUAAUUAAGUAGUAGCGUUUGAUACGGCUAUAUCUUGUAAAUCCCUACGUUUCAAAAGUUUAAAAAUUUUAUACACAGAAAAUUAUUAGUGAAAAGA